AUUCCCAACUUCCCCAGCGGCUGCUUCUCAACAUGAACAUGAACACCCUAGACCUACCUGCAGCACAGCUGCCCUCACUGAGCACCAUGACGGUCAAUACCGCCAGCAGUUUCUUUGGCUUCUUGUCAAUCUUCCUCUUCUACAAGGCACUCGUGGCCAAGCAGCUGCCCUCACCAUGGAAGCUCCUCAGCUACCUCUUCAGACCUCUGACCAAACGCUACCAGGCAUGGUCGUACCUUUUUUGGGGUCCUGAAAUCAUCCAAAAGGCCUUUGACGAGGCUGGUGGGAAGCCGUUUGAGCUGUUCGCUCCCGACAACCGCUAUGUCUUUGUGUCUGAUCCCCAGCAAAUCAAAGAAAUUGACAAUGCUCCCGACAAUGCCUUGUCGCUGCAGGCGGCCUCGAAGCAGAUGCUGCAACCCAUGUACACCAUGCAUGGCUUUAACUGGUUCAACACACGAGGAACAGAGGGCGUGGGAUUCAUCCGCGCCCUUCGCACCCUUCUGACCAACAACCUGCCCAAGAUCUUGCCAGAUCUGACCUGCAUCAUCAAGACAAGAUUCGAGGAGCUACUCGCUACUCAUCCAGUCGUAAACGGAAAGAGGCAGUCUGAUGUCUACCACACCACUAUCAAGCUCGUUGUAUUGUCCAACGCCGUGUCUUUCUUUGGAAAAGACUUGGCGAAAGACGAAGAGUUCAUGGUGUCGGCACUGGCAUACAUUGAAGAGACAUUGAUUUGCGCCGAAAUUGUUCGCCUUCUUCCCAGCUUCUUGAGCCCCAUUUUCGGUAACAUCAUUGCUCGUACACUCAAGUCGCAUGGUGUCAUCUUCAACAGGCUCCUGCCCAUUGCUGAGCAACGAUGCGUUGAGCGUGACGCUGCCAACUUGGGCCAAAAGGUCCCAGAACACGCCGACUGUAUCCAGUGGAUCAUGGAGACGUCUCCAAAGAGCCGCCCAUGGACACCUCAGCGUGUUGUGCACGAACUGAUGGCCAUCUGGUUUGGCUCUGUCCACGCCGUGUCCACCACAGUGACAUUUGCUAUUCACGACCUGUGCCUGCACCCCGAAUACAUGCAGCCGCUCCGUCAGGAGUGCGAGGCUCAAUACGCUGAUUUUGAGCGCACUGCAACUGGACUUCCGCUCCUUGACAGCUUCAUCAAGGAGUCAGCACGUCUGACCCCCGUCGAAUCACAAAGCACCCGUCGUUCGGCACUCCGGCCUUAUACCCUCAAAGAUGGCACGCACGUUAAUGUCGGCGAUUGGUUCUGCACACCUGUCCGCGCCAUCAUGACCAACCCAAUCGACUUCCCCGAGGCAAACACCUUUAGUGGUUUCCGCUUCGCAAACCCCGAGCUCGUCAAGAGUCUUGAGAAUGGCCAUGGCUCAUUUGACAUUCUGCAGAAGAAGCCUACCAAGCUGACCGACGUCGACAUGACAUUCCACGUCUGGGGAACCGGCAGAAUGGCAUGCCCCGGUCGCUUCUACGCCUCAGCAGUCAUGAAGGUGAUCCUAGGCCAGAUGAUCCUCAACUACGACUGCGAACUCCUCAACCCAAACGAAAAGCGCCUCUUCACAUGGCGCUCGACAAUCCUGCCCAAGCCCAGUGCAAAGGUUGUCUUUACCCCCGUCCGAGCCUAAAAUACAACACACGCCGCCGCGGGCACGGAGUUGAUCCAGGGCACGCACAUAACACACGGUAAUGAUUAAAACAAGGUGGGUGGGCGAGUGAGACAAAUCUCCGAUUGUAUAUGUGUGAGUGUGUAAGUAUGUGUGUGUGUGUGUGUGUGUACCUGGGGGGAUGGGCUCGUGUAGUUCCGUGAUGACGGCUAUUGUGUGUGUUUUCGCUCGGGCAUAUACCUUAAUGACAUGAAACGAAACGAAAUG